UUACCUCAUUGUUUUGUAGUAUUACGCGGUAAAAGACAAUUGCCAGAUUACACAAGGUGGCAGUCGAAUUUAGUGACGUCGAAGCAAGAGUUCAUCGUAAAAGUAGAUGACGAAGUCUUCAGUCCAACUUAUUCCACUCCGGUCGUCGGUAUUAAUAUACAGCCGGGGACCAAGGCAGGGGAACGGAUAAUAAUUGGUGGAGCCAUUGUACCGCCUGUGCCGACGUCAGGGGCGUCAGAUUUUGAUACGACACCCGUUGAAUACACCCGGUUUGUUCCCCCGACUACUGUCAGGACAACAGGAGACAAUGACAUCAUAUAUCCCCCAAUAAAAGAAACGACGUCGCGGGCACAACACAAGUAUGUUUUAAAAUAUAUUGGUAUCACGAUAAUUUUGUUGAUUACAGGACACGUACUGCCACCAUUUUCUUUGCAAAAGCAUUCUAACAGGGAUGAAAGUCCUCCAGCUGGUCCACAUUUCAUAACUAGAACUCCAGCUCUUGCUCAACAGUUCGCACCAAUCACUCCUGUUGCUUUCUAUCCAAGACUGACAUCACUGGCAUCACCGGUUACUUCAUCUAGUGUAAAUACCACAAUUACUUAUUAUUUUGCAACACACACAAUAAUAGCCCGAAACAUUCGAGGAACACUAUCGAAUCAGCAUUUAGACUCUCCGCCUUCGACGGAUAUUGAUCAUGUUACGCGAACAAGCUUGGAUGUGCAAGAUUUUAAUAUGUUACAGUCGGAAGAUGCAAGAGAAUUAAAAGCUUUUCUAUCACCUUUAACAAGGUAUGAAAUACAAACUGAUACAAAGGCGACUCCAACAAAUUCACCAGAAUUUGUUACCAAUUUUCCUACUUUAACUGAGGAAACAGAAAAUAUUCCCACGCGGCAGACGACGGAUCUCGAUAUGGACACUUAUCAUAUUACGUUGUAUAAAGAUGAUGAUAGUGACGUUGAUGACGGUAAAAAGAAAACAGAAGAUUUACCAGACGAUGACGCACAAAUAGAUAAACGAGGAAAUAAAGUUGUGGAUACGGAGUCAGAUGAAGAAAUUGACAGUCUUGAUAUUGAUUUGAAUUAUAGUAAUAGAAGAAAUGAGGUUACAAAGUCUACAACAGUCUGUCUGUCUACUGACAGUAUUUCUAGUGUCGCUCAGAUAUCGCCUAACAUCCCACUAAAAUCGAAAACAAUAAAGGCUGUAGAGGCCCAAAGGCAAUCCACAUGCAGUUUGCUAAAUUAUAGGCCAUUGAGAUUUAAUACGCCUCAAACACUUCCAGAGAUAGUACGGCAGUUAAAGCAAUGGGAAGCGAAAAGCCCCAUAGUAAAGUUGAUUGACAUAACUGCAAAUAAUUUAACCACCAUGGAUAAUCCGAUAUACAUGAUGAUAGUAGACGACCCAAGCAGCGGCCAGGUCGCAUCAGCCAAAGACAUCGUAAUGAUAGUUGCAGGUAUUCAAGGUCGGGACCAUCAUGCUGUGUCAGCAGCCAUGUACCUCCUGUAUCAGCUGAUUGAUCAUACUGACACUCAAAUUGACUUGCUCAAAAAAUUCAGACUUUGGGUCAUUCCUGUGUUCAACCCGGAUGGAUAUGACUACUCCAUGACUUUUACGCAACGUCGUGAAUGGAAGAAGAAUCUUCAACAAUCUUGGGAGAUGUGCGAUGGGCGCAGGUCGUGCAAGGCCUGCGAGUUUCAUGGUUUUCGAUGCAUCGUGCAGCCUUGUUAUGGCGUGAAUCUUGACCGCAACUUUGAAUACCAAUGGAUACCAGCGGAGGAGCUUCGCGCAGAGCACCCGUGCGGAGACCUGUACGCGGGGCCGCGACAACUCAGCGAGCGAGAGACACGUGCCCUCACCACCUUCCUUCACGAGCAGAAGAUGCUUAUAUCCAUGUUCAUUGCCUUCAAGGAGGGCGACGUACUGGGAGUCAUGUAUCCUUACUCGCACACGAGAAAGAAGCGUGCCUUCGAUGCUAAUUAUAGAAAGAGGGCGUCUCGGGCGGCUGCGGCUGCCUUCGGUAUCAGCGGCCGACCGUACGUCGCCGGACAAACUUCAGAAUUCCUACCGCUGUACGCUGGCGGGAUUGAAGACUGGAUCGACGGCCACUUAGGCAUUGACAAUACCUACACCAUCAUGAUGUUCCGAGCCACUGACUCCCACAACUCGAAACUAAUGUCGGAACACGUCGUUCACGAAGCGUAUGCAGCGAUGGACACUCUACUGUUGGAGAAUAAUAUGGGACCAAUGGAAAUAAAAGCGCUCCACCCGGCCUCCCCUAUCCAGUCAGGCGCCGAGAACAUUUUCCCAAACCUAUUCAUUCUUUCUGCUGCAAUACUCAUCUUUAACAGUUGAACCAAAGGUAGACUGAUGAAGACACGCCUCAAUUAAAGUUACAGAGGAGUUUAGUGCGUCAAAAAUAUAAGGGCCUGCAAGGUCACUCUAAGUGAAAGCUUCAUAUCCAUGUUUCAUUUAACUAGAACGUAAAAGGAUAAAUGUUUUCUCGGUAAGUAAACAUCCAAUUACCACAAAGAUAAACUUAUGAGGGUAUGUGCCCACAGUGCCCACAUGACGAACGAUUUAACCAAUGAUGCAUUUGUGCAGGCUUGAUUGGCAUUUCGGAAAUGACGAA